AUGGAUCUCCGAUCAGUUCUCAACAAUGCUGACGCCAACGGCGGUCGCAGAAAUCAGACUGAACGACAGACCCCAGCAAGACCCCAGCAGCAGCCUCCGACGCCGCAGCAGCAACACCCUGCUCUACCGCAACAGAGCCCCGUGUCAUACCCCUACCGCGAAUACAGCAGCGGCCAUCACUCGUCCCCGGGUGGUGGACCCGAAUACCCUCCUACGCAUCAGCCGGGAUACCAGCCGCCGCCGUCGCCGUACCAGCAACAGCAGCAACAGCAGCAACAGCAACAACAGCAGCAACAGCAACAACAGCAACAACAGCAGGGCGCGUACGGACCGGGAGGUAGGCAGGCGCCGCCUUCGUUACAGGUGGUUUCGUCAUCGUCAUCGUUUCACGACGUGACGUCGCCCGCCGGUCCGUCACCGUCUGCAUACCGGGCGCCAGCUGCGUCGGGCGCUGCUCCUCCUCAUCCCGCCCCGGGAAGCGGCGGCUACUCUUUUCCUCCGCAAGACAUGACCAGCCCAAGCGUGCGCCAUCAAUACCCUCCUGGAGCACAGGCAGCACCACCAUCGUCAUACGCGCCGCGACACCAAACCCCCCAGCGACAGGAUAGCUUCGGUGCUGGGUCGUCCAACGCGUACGGAUCGCCUGUCGUCGCCGUCACACCUGGCCCUCAUCCUCCUCCCCAGUACCCAACGCCACACGCAUACCCAUACCCACACGGCAGUCCGACGACCCAGCAGCCUCCCCAGCCCGAGUUCACCCGCCAACCGUCAACUCCUCGAGCUGCACCACCUUCUCAACGCCCCAUGAGCAGCGGUCAUCACGCCUACCCUCACCCUCAACAUCCCACGAGUCCGUAUCAGCAGCGCACUCCCUCGGUGUCAGGUGCCCAGCUGCCGCCUCACCCGCAGCAGUCCAAAUCGUCACCGCCUCCGCCUCCACCUGUACCUGUACUUGUACCACAACAGCAGCAGCAGGCUCCCCUGCCGACAAACCGUCCACCUCUAGCGAUGCCGCACCAGCGCGACAACAGUCCGUCAGUUAGUCCCAAGACUCGCGUGCAGUCCGUAUCCGACAUGACGGCCGAUUCCAUGGCUGUUGACCGUGCCACAACGCCAGCCAAGAGAAAACUCGAUGACCGAGACCUCAGCCCGCAGGAGUUGGAGCAUAAGGAGCCGCGACCGCCGCCCGGUGCCGUUAAUGGCGACCGUUCGUACAAGACUAGCUCAUCUGCUUCUGCUACUCCUGCUCCCGGUGCCCAGCCUGAGCCCGUUAUCAAGUCCGAAGCCGAACCACGCAAGAAGCGCACAUAUUACACAUCGCCGCCCAUCUGGGCACAGAGCAGCCGCUCCCUGGGCAAACAGCUCCCAAAGAAUGCCAACUUUGUCUUGCAAAAGAGGAUGCACGCUCCUAAUGGCGUCAAGAGCAGUGAGUCAGUUCCUGAUACAGCUGCUGAGCCCAUCCUAGGCAAUACCUCUGAGCGAACAAGAUUAUUACGCACUUCACAGCCACCUGCACCGUCCACAUCCGCAGCAUCAGUCGCAGUCGCGGCCGAACCUGCACCACCUGACAUUCUGGGACCUUGGGAGCCAAGUCUGACCGGUGUUCGACCAUACGAGGAGGUCUCACGAAUGGUGGCCGACUUUCUGUUCGUGCACGUGGUCAAUAGCGAAGACAUGGGCGAGGUGCGCAGCCGCGGCAUCAAAUUCGAGGUGGAGGCCAAGCUCGGUACCCUGAUUGACAAGGAUACAAACCACCGAGUGUCGCGGGGGAUUGAAUCCGAGGUCAUCUUACAGGACAAUGGCCGGACAGCCUUCCGGAGUAGCAUGACGGAGCUGCAUCACAAGCUCUACAACGAGUUCCUCAACAAGGCAGUCAUCCAGACGGACCCUAGAAGUGGUACCGGACGGGUGCAAGUGCAGUACGCCCACCGACGUGAGAUGGACCGCUUUGUAGAGCUCCCCCAGGACCUGCAGAACAACCUUCCCGGAUGUAUGCGGUCUCGACUGGGCUCUUCGCGCGCCCGCAGCAUCCGUUUGCGUCUGACGUACGACCAGAGGACGCGCGAGGCCCUUGCCGCCAUUGUCAAGGCCCGCGUCGCUGAUAUCGACCUCCACAUACCCUCUUGCCCUUUCGACUGUCGUAUCAGUGUCAACCUUGAAAUGGACUGGGAUGGUCCCGUUGAGCAGCUCGAGCAGCUCUAUGCCAAUCAGAAUGAUCGCUCUAGGAACCCUGACCGUAACAAAGAUCGUCUCAGCUACAAACAUGGUCCCUAUCAGAUAGAUCUUACGCAGGUCACUCAACAACAGGGAAGCCCAGCGAAUAUGCGUGUGGAAAAGGAACACGAACUCGAAAUUGAGCUCAACCCCGACAUUCUCAUCGUUCAGGGCCGCAAGGCUCUCGAAGGUGGUGACCAUCGCUACCAGGAACUGAUAGAAGGUUUCGUCGACAAUAUCCGCGUUCUAUCUCGCAAGGCCCGUGAAUUCCAAUGA